CAUGAUUUCCUGACAUAGAGCAAACUGGAGAAAAUAAAGGGAUUGCCUGAAAUAAAAAGAACAAGAAACACACAGAGAGAGUCCCUCCAUUAAUUUGUUCCAGUUUCCACUUUCUCUUUGGAAAUGCAAUGGAAAAAUGGAAUGGAUUUAGCACGAAUCCCUGAUUUUUCAGGCCAAACCAGAGCAGAGGAACAGACAUUCAGCUCCUCCGAUUGUUGCUAUUUUUAAGCCGUGUGAAAUACCACCGUCUCUGUAUGCAAGAUGAAGAUUUCCUGACUUGAACUAACGACACGCGUGUCGAUUGUCUAUUUAUUCCCUCACAUGGUUCUCCUCUGUGGCUUGAAAAGAUCAAGUGCACAAACUGAAGUUAUGAUUUCAUGAUUGCCUGCCAUGCAGCAACAACAAUAGCAACAACAAAAAAAUACUCAUUCAAAAAGAAGCCUGCUAUCAACAACUGGAAUUCUCCUUUGGGAUCUGUGCUCUUUCGGGUGUGCUUGCAAAAGCUGGAAGGAAAAAAGAAAAGCAGGAACAACCAGCAUGAGUGGCAAAGAAGAAGAGCCCGGCUAUUCGGAUAGCAGCGUGAAGAAGAUGCUCAAGUGUGUGGUGAUUGGUGACGGAGCUGUUGGCAAGACCUGCCUGCUGAUGAGUUAUGCCAAUGAUGCAUUUCCGGAAGAAUAUGUGCCGACCGUGUUCGACCACUAUGCAGUUACUGUGACAGUUGGAGGCAGGCAACAUUUGCUUGGACUUUAUGACACAGCAGGACAGGAGGACUACAAUCAACUGAGACCCCUCUCCUACCCCAACACAGAUGUGUUUUUGAUCUGUUUCUCUGUGGUAAACCCUGCUUCCUAUCAUAAUGUCCAAGAGGAAUGGGUUCCGGAAUUGAAAGUCUGCAUGCCACAUGUGCCUUAUGUUCUGAUAGGAACACAGAUUGACCUUCGAGAUGACCCCAGAACUUUGGCUCGGUUAUUAUACAUGAAAGAGAAGCCCCUGACUUAUGAACAUGGCAUCAAAUUGGCCAAAGAGAUUGGAGCCCAAUGCUACUUAGAGUGUUCAGCUUUGACCCAGAAAGGCCUGAAAGCUGUCUUUGAUGAAGCAAUCCUCACAAUCUUCAAUCCCAAGAGAAAGAAGAAACUUUGUGCCAAGUGUUGCAGCUGCUGUUCAGUUCUAUGAUGCCUGGAAUUCAAAAUGGACCAGAGUUGCCAGUUAAUAGUCCAAUCCUGCACAGAGGGACAUGACCAGAAAAAAAAACUACUUUAUAAAGUGAUUCCUCCUAAUCUGUGAUUCCUCUCAAAUGCAACUUUGUUUACUUUUCAUGCCCUGCUUGUUUGUUUGUUUUUUAUCACUGCGCAUUUGUAGAUACAAGUUCAUGUUGAGAUAACUUCUCUGUGCUUAGCCAGCAGAUAAAAAAAACUUUAAAAAUUCUUGAUAUAGUCAGAAUCCAUGAUGCACCUGGAAGUAAAAAAAGAUCUAAGGAUCCUAAUCCUGUAACUGAUCCAAAAAGAACAAGUUUUGUCAUUAGCAAUCCACAGGAAGAAAUUAGCAAAUCCCAGUAUUUUUUUUCUUUUUACAACCUUGUAGUUCAGGGGUGUCAAACUUGCCAUGUCACAUGACGUGUCACAACAUAUCACGACUUUUCCCCCAUUGCUGGAGCUGGGGUGGGCACGGUUUCGGCAUGACGCAUCCAGCCUGCGGGCCUGCAGUUUGACACCCCUGCUGUAGUUCCUUAAUUCAGGGCAGAUUCAGGGUGACUGGAUACAGCUGAGCAUUUACUGGCCGGAUGCCCUUCCUGAUGCCUACAUGGAGUUCACAGCAGAUAUUUGUUCACAGCAGAUAGUAAAUCCCAGUAUGAAUAUGCAAUAAUGAUUGAACUUGAAACACACAAAAUAAUAUUUAGACAUUUUUAGGAGUUGACCAUGUUGACACGUGUAGAAGACCAGUGUUUCAAUUCAGUCUUUCCAAACUGAAUGCACAGCAAUAGCUUUGAAAUAGAUGGCAUAGAAUACAAAGUCAUUCAAGUACUAUUCUUGUCUUGCUUUUAUAAACGAAGAAUAAUCCAAAGAUGCUCUCAGGUUGCAUUGUCAUGUUGCUGUUGGAUGUGUGAGAAUCCACUUCUUAAAUGAAAUCUGAGGUUCUCACAUUGUGCAUUUUUCAAAAUCAUUUGGAAAUAGUAAUUGUCUGAAUUUGAGAAGUCAGAGGGUGCAGGGGAAAAUGUACGUAUGUCCUGUUUGCAAAUCUAGUCUUCUUUUCCUAGAAUAUAUUUUUUAUUCAAGUAUAUGUAGCCAACAAUAACUACAAAUUGCUCUUUAAACAGUAUAAAUCAGUGUUCCUCAGCCUCAGCAACAUUAAGGAGUGUGGACUUCAGUUCCCAGAAAGUUUGAAGUCCACCCAUCUUAAAGUUGCUGAGACUGAGAAACACUGGUACAGAUGAUCUCAGCUCAAAUCCUGUUCCUAAUUACUAAUUUUUUUGACAAUAUGGGAGCAGUUGGCCAUUGUUUUCUUCUGGGACACUUUUUAUUUUUUUUAACUCUUAGGAUAGUCUACAGGUUUGAUAUUAUUCCUUGGUGGUCUUCCAUCCAAGUACUAACUACACCUGUAACUGUCUAACUUCUGAGCUGAGACAGGCUAGGACAGAUGAGUCACUUAUGCUAUUUGCACAAUCAAGAUCAAAAGGCAGCUUAAGGUAGAAUAUAAGAAGAUCCUGAGAAAAUUGAUAUAUGCAUCUCACGCACAUGGAUGUAUGCUCACACAAAACAGACACACAAACACACACUACCAUUCUUACCUCUUUCCCCAACCUGGAAAAACUAGUUUAAACUACUAAAAUGCUUACUGGAUGCAGGAUUUUUAUUAGGAGCAGCAGUACAUUAGAAGCAAUGUUUGCUUCAAUGUUGGGAUGAAGCAUAUGCAAAAUGGCUUCAACUGCUCUCUUUUUCAAUAGCUUCACCUCUUUCUCCCAUUGCUUUUGCCAGUUCUGCUGUCUUGAUUCAGUCCAAUUGGCAAUAAUCUAUGCAGAUGCAAAAUGAUUCCAAUCUAUGGCCUCCUCUGGUGAUCUUUGGAAUUGAUCCCCUUGCACAGAGAGGCCUGUUUGGCUAGCUUCAUCAGUUUAGAUGCUAUGUGAUUGAAAGCACUGACAACUUCUGUUCUUCCUAUUAGGUUUAAUUAGCUAUAAACAUAUAACUUAGAAGCUACUUGUGACUACAGAAAAAUGGUUGUCAUUCCAAUUCUCACCCAGCUAGGAAACCCCAAGAAAGUACCUAUUAUAACCAAAAGGCUUUUAUUGUUGUAAAUGCUUUCUUUGCAAAUGUUUUCUACAAUUUAUAUCAUUGAUACAUGAUUCUUAAAAGAAACA